GCAACUUUGUGUGUGAGACUAUAUAUAUAUAUGUGUGUGUGUGUCCAAGCAAACAAUAUAGUACAUAUGUACUAGAGGAUCUAACAUCAAAAGUCCAGUAACAAAAAUAAAAUACACAUCAAAGAUAUGGAGCCAAAAGGAGUUGUUGUACCUGGGAAAAUCAAACUUGUUCUUGCCUCGCUUGCUCUGCAACUCUGCUAUGCCGGAUUUCAUAUUGUCUCGAGGCUUGCACUCAAUAUUGGUGUCAGCAAAAUCGUCUAUCCUGUAUACAGAAACAUCAUCGCCUUGCUUUUGUUAGGACCCUUUGCUUAUUUCAUAGAAAAGAAGGAAAGACCCCCGCUAACGUUCUCCUUAUUGGUUCAGUUUUUCCUCCUGGCAUUAAUAGGAAUCACGGCAAACCAAGGAUUCUACAUCUUGGGUUUGUACUAUGCAUCCCCAACCUUUGCAUCCACGAUGCAGAAUUCAGUUCCCGCAAUCACUUUUAUCAUGGCUUCUGCUCUAAGGCUAGAGCAAGUAAGUUUCUUGAGAAGAGAUGGUUUAGCAAAAAUUCUCGGGACCAUAGCAAGUGUGGGAGGUGCUACCAUUAUCAGUCUCUACAAAGGCCCUCCUCUGGUAGGAGGAAGUGUUUCCACAGAAGAAACCGGGGCUGCUUCUUCCGAGAAAAUGCUCAACUGGACAUGGGGUUGUAUCUACUUGCUCGGUCAUUGCUUAUCAUGGGCAGGCUGGAUGGUUCUUCAGGCUCCUGUGCUAAAGAAGUACCCAGCCAAGCUCUCACUUACCUCAUUUACAUGCUUCUUUGGAUUACUUCAGUUCAUAGUCAUAGCAGCUUUUGCAGAAAGGGAUCUUAAGCACUGGCAAAUCCAGUCUGGAGAGGAAAUUGUUCUGAUUUUAUAUGCUGGCAUUGUGUCUUCUGGGAUUGUCAUCUCUCUUCAGACAUGGUGCAUUCAGAAAGGAGGGCCAGUUUUUGUUGCCAGCUUUCAGCCGGUCCAGACAGUAUUAGUUGCCGUUAUGGCAUUUGUCAUUAUUGGUGAUCGGCUAUACACCGGAGGGAUUAUUGGUGGGGUUUUCAUUGUAGCUGGGCUCUAUCUAGUCUUGUGGGGUAAAACUAAGGAUAGGAAGAUCAAUAGCCAAGAAAACGAAGAGACAUUGAAGAAACCUCUUCUUGAUGGGAACAAGAAAGAUGAAGAAUGCCCAGUUGGAGCUGACAUCCCCUAGGCAUGCUGAUCAGUUAACAAUAUUCAGUACAGACAUGCAUGGUUAGAUAUAAGACCAGCAGUAUCAAAACAUGUUAAUCUGAUUGGACUAUAAGAUUCCUUUUUUUUUUUUUUUAUGGUUUUUUUUUUUCAAUAAACUAAAUCAAGGUCAACAGUACUGCAAAAUCAUUGAAGAGAAGCCCCUUUCAGUAUUAUGAGGUCUGGUUUGGUCGUUUCCAAGGUUAACAGUACUGACCAGUUUGAGCUGGAGAAAGUGUGGCUUUUGACCAGUAAAUGGAUGGAUACUACCUUUUUAAUGUAAAAUACUACUCUGGAAAGUA